AUGCCCUAUAUCCCAGACUCACGAAAUGGAAUUGCUCGACAUCGCGAGGAGGUGAUGGAAAUAAUGUCCAGAGGAGGUGGAGUUGGCAGUAACGGUAGUGCUUUACGUCCAAGAAAUUCCUCAGUAAAAUCUGUUGGCGGAAGGUCCAGCGGUUCUCGCCGAGGUGCGCAAAUGAUUAUGUUAACUGACUGGCAUCCAGACAUUAUCGAAUUUAUAGUAGCUAAAGUUCAAAAUCCUCAUGUUUUAACUCAAUUAAUGAAAAACACUCAAGACAAGUGGAUAGCACAAGAAAUUAAAAAUAAACUAGAAUUUGUGAAAUUAUCAGACCAAGAAGAACAAAUGAUCAAUAUUUUUUUAGCCAAUAAUGCAAACGAUUCGCGAUUGAGUAACCUGCGGGAAAAACUGGUCCAGCAAGGAAUUUUCUUCUUUGAUCGGGCUAAUAAAUUUACUAAUGUUCAAGGUUAUGGACAGAAAGUAGUGGCUACUAAUCCGUGCGGAGAGCAACCGCUUGCUCCUUAUUCGGUUUCUAAAGGCGAAAGAAGAAUUGGCAUGGGAGUAAUGGGACUACACGAUUUCUUAAUCUACGCAGGAUUACGGUAUGGCUCACCAGAGGCUAAUUUGUUAGUAGAUAAAUUAUUUGAAACUAUUUGCUUGACUGCCUAUGAAACUUCUAUUAAAUUGGCUAAGGAAAAAGACAUUCAAAAACAAAUCAAAACUCAUGGAAUACGAAACUCUCAUCUGCUAACAGUGGCUCCUACCGGUAGCACAGGAACUCUAGUGGGAGUUUCUACUGGGCUAGAACCUUACUUCGCUUUUUCUCACUACCAAACCAACUCAGAUAAUUUACCUAAUAUAUUUGUUUCUGCAAUGGAGUUAACCCCAGAAGAACAUGUCGACAUUCAGUGUAUUAUUCAACGCUGGAUAGACGGUUCCAUUUCCAAAACCAUUAACGCUCCAAAAGGCUAUAGCGUUGAGCAAGUAAAAAAAAUCUACGAGCGCCUUUACGAAAAAGGAGCUAAAGGUGGAACAGUUUACGUUGACGGUUGUCGAGACUUUCAAGUAUUAAGUUUAGAAAAAAAAGACAACCAAUUUAACGAUUUAGAAAUUAAAAAAGAGAAAUGUAAAGAUAAGAAAUCUCAUAUCGAUAUUGCUCCAUCAGGUCACAAUUUAAGUGACAAAUUGAGAGAAGUCGCCGACCUAGUUUCACGCGUUAAACCAGAAAAGCAUUAUUUCUACAAAAAAGCAAAGGCACGGCAAGGAAUUGAGUAUCAAUUAAAGUACUUACAAA